CCAUUUUCUCAGCAGAAGUYCAGCAGAGCAGCCUUGCGUCCAGCGCCUGAACGGUUGCACUCUUUGAGGUCAGGAGAUGCGUGUCAGGCGCGUCGUGAAGAGCCUCUGGGUUGGUGUCCUCUGCUGCUCUCUGAACAAUGGAGGACGAAACUGAGAGAGUGGAUUGGCUUAUUUUACUACCAGUAAGAGCACGUUGUCGUCAGGCGCCUCUGCGCCGUGUCUGGAUCCAUCAGAUCCUUCAGAGGAGUUCUGAGUUUCAGGAGUUUCACCACUACAAGAGCUGCGUGCAGCUCAGUUUGAUGAGCUGCUGACCCACAUCUGCCAGCACACCGACUACAGGUGCUCGCUUUCAGCUGAAGAGCUGCUGUCCGUCUGUCUCAGGUCAGUGGACAUCCUUCAGGACACCGUCCUGUAGGAAAAUGUGUCACUACGUCACAUAGCAGAGUCUCUCUGAUUGGUUGAUGCUCUGCAUCGAGCUGCAAAAGUUCAGAUUUUCCAACUCCAGCGUCUGCAGCACCUCCCGACCCCCGAACCUGCWGGAGCAGAGUGAGCUGACACCGACCCACAGACCGGUUCUACAGCCGGAGUGGGGUGCACCGCUUUGGGCUGAACUCUGCCCGGCCGUGUCGGGGCUUCUUCUUCACGGCUCUGCCUGCUGUUAGUACCGUGGUCACAGGAGAAGAGGACGGAGUGAACACAGACCCCAACCUUCUGGAUUAAGGACCUGCUUCUCCCCCCACAGAACCUUUCCUCCUGGUUCUGAGUGASUUCUGACCAGUUUUCAGCCCGAGGACUCAAACAGGAGGGAGGGACCUGCAGCCAGCUCAGGAUGAAGUUGGGCUUACUGUUAAUCCAAUCGUCUUGUCAGCUGUGAGACAUUGACCUCUUCAGGCACCGUCUCAGCUUCUCCAUGAUGUCACAGAUAUCUGCUGGUUUUGGGAGUCAGUGUGAAAGGAAAAGCAUUAACCCUGAUUUCUGGGGUAUUCAGGCUCCUCUGCAAGAUAAAACCUUUCAAACUCAUCUGGAGGAUAAUUCCUCUCAUCAUGCUUUCCUAGUUCUCCUGAGCCAACAGUGCCACUGUACCAUCAUGCACCUGCUGUGCCGCGGCCGUUUAAAGCUACUGGUGGUUCCUCUUUCCGCUAUCAUCCUUUUCACCUGGCUCUACCUGCUGGCUGGAAACCUGGAGAAUGGUCGCUCCCUCCUUCUGGCGCCUUGUUUGACUGACACCCCUGCUGCACAGGUCCUGGAGAGAGCUGUCCUUGAAUCAAGGGUCCAAGAGGUGGAGGAGGAGAAUCGGCAAAUCCGACUGCAGCUCAGUCAGUCACUGGGCACUGCUGCUCAGCUGGCAGAAGGAAACUUUGGCAACCAUCAAUGGGGUGCGUCAGCAGACACUGUCCCAGAUGAUGGCGACAACACAGCAGAGGAGAAAAACAACCACACAGACUGUCCCCGCUCGCCCACAGUCCAGAAAUGUGAGCUGAUCCAUGUAGCUUGUGUUUGUGCCGGUCACAACGCCACCAGAGAUGUGAUCACGCUUGUCAAGUCUGUCCUCUUUCACAGGAGAAAUCCUCUGCACUUUCACUUCAUCACAGACACAGUAGCCAAUCACAUCCUGAGCUCCCUGUUCCAGUCCUGGAUGAUCCCAUCUGUUCAUGUCAGCUUCUAUGAUGCAGAUGAACUGAAGUCUGAGGUUUCCUGGAUUCCCAACAAGCAUUACUCAGGUAUUUAUGGCUUGAUGAAGCUGACGCUAACCAAAGCUUUGCCCUCCAACCUGUCAAAGGUUAUUGUCCUGGAUACAGACAUCACCUUUGCAACUGAUAUUGCCGAGCUCUGGGGCAUUUUCAAAAAGUUUAGCGAGAAGCAGGUGAUCGGUCUGGUGGAAAACCAGAGUGACUGGUACCUGGGAAACCUAUGGAAGAACCACAAACCAUGGCCAGCGCUGGGAAGAGGUUUCAACACAGGUGUCAUUUUGCUCUACUUGGAACGAUUGCGGAAAAUCAACUGGGAGCAGARGUGGCGACUAACAGCUGAGAGGGAGCUAAUGAGCAUGCUCAGUACAUCACUGGCUGACCAGGUGAUUCACUGGAACUCUCCGAAGAAGCUCAGAGUGAAAAACAAACAUGUGGAGUUCUUCAGGAACCUCUACCUAACCUUUCUGGAGUACGAUGGAAACCUGCUAAGACGGGAACUGUUUGGCUGUCCAAGCCAGGCCAAUCCAGAAGUCAUCUGGCUGCAGGAGGCUCUGGAGGAUCUGGACGAGGAUGAUCAGUGUUACGACUUUCGCCGUGAGCGAGUAAUGAUUCACAGAGUGCACCUGUACUUUCUGCAGUACGAGUACACACCCACUGGGGAUGACACUGAAAUCACUCUAGUGGCUCAGCUGUCCAUGGACAGACUUCAGAUGCUGGAGGCCAUCUGUAAACAUUGGGAAGGUCCUAUCAGCCUGGCACUCUACAUGUCUGACACCGAAGCUCAACAGUUCCUGCGCUAUGCUCAGGCCUCUGAGGUUCUCAAGAACCGCAAGAAUGUAGGCUACCACAUUGUUUAUAAGGAGGGCCAGUUUUACCCAGUCAACCUAGUGAGGAACAUAGCACUGAAAAAUGCCAACACACCCUAUGUGUUUCUGACUGAUGUGGACUUCCUGCCAAUGUAUGGCCUCUAUGAUUAUCUCAGAAAGUCUGUAGUGCAGUUGGACAUGGCUCACACAAAAAAAGCCCUGGUGGUUCCAGCCUUUGAGACUCUGCGUUACCGUCUCUCUUUCCCAAAAUCCAAAGCCGAGCUGCUCUCCAUGCUGGACAUGGGGACUCUCUACACCUUCAGGUACCAUGUGUGGCCAAAAGGUCAUGCUCCUACCAACUAUGCCAAAUGGCGAACAUCCACCACACCCUAUAAAGUAGAGUGGGAACCAGAUUUUGAGCCAUAUGUUGUGGUGAAACGAGACUGCCCUGAGUAUGACCAGCGCUUUGUGGGCUUUGGCUGGAACAAAGUGUCCCAUAUCAUGGAGCUGGAUGCUCAGGAGUAUGACAUCAUAGUCCUCCCCAAUGCUUUCAUGAUCCACAUGCCCCAUGCUCCCAGCUUUGACAUCUCAAAGUUUCGCUCCAGCUCCAGCUAUCGCAAUUGCUUGAACACCCUUAAGGAUGAGUUUCACCAAGAUCUUUCCAGAAAGUAUGGAGCAGCAGCUCUUAAGUACCUCACGGCCCAGAGAAACAUCUGAAACUGCUGAAAGCCAGUCAACACAUCAGACUCCUGAUGGCUCAGACAUGUUCAGAACCUGGAGAUCAGUUUYCAGCAAAGAAGUUUGUGACAAUACAGAAAAGCUUUACAGCCCUUUAGAGCAUUCUUGGGCUUCUGUGCAUUAAUUCUUCAGUCAGCUCAACCUUAAAUGACCAAGAAGGAAAAUCAGAGAUGAAUAAUAAGAAACAGCUCCUGUCUAGUUUCCUAAACACCGGAUUGUGGAAAGGCCAAGGUUUUCAUUAAGAUAAACAUCUGCGGGCUUCAGAUAGGUGUUGCUUCAAGACCAAGAAAAACAUUUUUACAAUUUGUUCUGACAAUCAGGGAUUUUCCCAGAAGACAGACUGAAAUAGCCUCUCUGCACAAAUAUCGGAGUACAAGACCCCUGUCACAUCAGGGGAGAAAGUUCAUCUGUGAAAACACGUUUGUGAGGCCAGUCAAACUAGAAAAUGAUUUAAGCCUUGUCAAUUUUAUGAUAUUUACAAAAAUAUUUAAUGACAUUUUUGUUUAAUGUUUUAAUGAAAAUUAGAACCAAUGAUAGGGAAUAUUAGCAAAGUUUUAAUUACAUCUUUACAUGACCAGUUUGGUUUCCUAUUUAGAUUUUUCGACCCCCUAAAAAUGCACAUCUCAUUCAAUUUCAGAUUUUUGUGGGCUUCAGAGAUAUUGUUUGUGUGUUUACAAAUGCAUCAUCACACUCACUACCUGUGGUCAGUGUCAGGCCUGUGUUUAGCUUGCCAUAUAAUUGCACUACAGGUAAAACAAGUUAAGUAGGUCCUCUGGAUGGGUUCUUUAAUGAAACUUUAUUUCUUUCCUCCAAUGUCUUCAGUCUGAAGUAUUACAGGUAAGUUCAGCCUUAUAGGCAGUAUUUCUACUGUACACACCCUGGUGAAGUUGAGCCUGGGCUAAAAGUUGAGGAUCGACCAACAAAUUUGGCUGAUUAGAAUUUUUUUGCCAUUGAAAGUUCUAGUGAGACAUUGAAAGCUGCAAGCAAAUCUUCUGUGUCAGCUUGUUCCAAAACAAUUGUGAUUGUUGAUUAGGCACCUCCUUACUUGGCCUUGAAGGCUGGGUAAGAUGAUGAUGAUUCAUUUAUUGUCAUUUUACAGAGCACAAUGAAAUUACAUUUAAGAACACCCAUUAAAGAAAACACAUGACAAAA